CUCUGCUCUCACUCUCUCUCUCCCGUACUACACCGCAGCACCGUGAAAGUAUACUUUCCAUCUGUGCGGGUACAUCUGCAUACCACAUGGAAAGCUGUGAAGGGCUUCGCACUCUUGUUGGUCACCCAUAAACACUCUACUCCUGAUUAAGUUUCUCUCACGCUACCGAUUAAAACUCAGCCAGGCGGCAUUUAUUACUUCAUUUCUUAAUAACUCUUGCCAAGAAAGAGGAACUGGAUUUAUUCAACUCUAAACAUCUAUCAAGUGUGGCAAACUUUUUUCCAAUCUCAUUAGGCAGUGAGCUAAAGAGUAGUGAGAUUGAAGGUAACACAUUGAAGAGAGAAUUGGAAGGGAUCAAUCAGAUCAUUCAGAUUUUGGCAAGGUACUAUCUGCAGAUGAAACAACCAACACCACAAGUUCCUCAUCAACAUCUCUAAUGGACAAAUAGUAGCAAGAUUGGCAGAAAGAAACAAGAACUCUCAUUAUUCUAGCUUGGCAACGCACAUACAAGUUGAUGGGACUACACGAGAUCAAUUUGCACCGUACCAUCGAGAACUGGGGUAAUGCUGUCAAUAUGCCAGAGGAGGUUGGGAUAUCAUUUUGUUGAUGAAAAUGUCAUGGAUACAUAUAUUUGGAUAAUCAACAGUCUGUGAGUCUCCAUUUGAUGAAAUGUGAUGGCCAAUGAGUGACUACAACAUCAGAUUCCCAAAAGGUCUAUUCUUAACAUCAGGUUCUUGACAAAGAGGGGGAUUCAUAAGCAUAAAAUAAGGAGCCUAUUCAUUGAACUUCAUGAAAAUCAACUGGAUCGAUUAAUACUAAACUUAAGUUUGCACAGUGAGCCUCGCUAUAUGACAAACCAGCCAAGAAGCAUUGAGAGAUCAUUUCACACUAGAUGGACAUCCUCACUGAGAAAGAGUGCCUCCACCACCACAACCGAUCAUUUCCUACCAAGUCAUCUAAUGCCAACUUCAUACUGCAAGAUCGGAGACUCUGAGUAAAGCAACACUGUGACUUGUUUCAUACCUCACAGGAAAGUUUACCAUACAGCAGGGAGAACCACAGCAGCAAUGGAGCUACCGAUUGCAUCUCUCCUCCUGCUAUUGAUCGCCUUUGAAGCGGUUGCCGCGGUCACCUACUGCCCGCCGCUCUGGACGCACUACCAGUUUGACCAUGGGAUAUUCUGCUACCGUUUCUUCGGUAAGCGCGUGAAGUGGUCCGAGGCGGAGGUAACAUGCGCAGGGUACUCCUCCUGCAAGGGGGAGGAGAUGGCUCACAUAGUUUCCAUGACGUCGCCGGAGGAGGAGAUGUUCAUCACAGAGUUAAGGCAGAGCAUCACUGGAAUGUUUGGUGGAGGAGACCCAGGGAUGUGGAUAGGUCUGUCAGACCGAGGCCACGAGGGCCAGUGGAGCUGGCUGGACAAAUCACCCGUCAACUACACCAACUGGCACAGGGGCGAACCCAGCGACUCCGCCCAAAUGGAAAACUGUGCCCGUCAGAUUGUCCCCAUGAUGGGCGUGGCGGUCUGGGUGGAUUCUUCGUGCCACGAGAGACAUCCCUUUGUGUGUAAGAUGCCUGCACAAUAAUCUCUUAAUAACCAAGAUCAGCAAGAUAUUAUUUCAUAAGAUUUCACUUGGAAGCAAUAUAGUCAC